CAUCCACACCCUGCCCGAAGUAUUGUCUGUCCUCCCAAGUAAUAAUUCUUUGGGAAAUUCCUCCCCAUUUCUGCAGGCCUUCCAAUACACGCAUAAAAACACCCCACUAACCAUACAAAUAGUGCUGAAAGACCUUCGUUAUACAAAUGGGUCAAAUGGGCAUGCAUAAAAAUUAAGAGAGAGAGAGAGAGAGAGAGCAUAAAGAUGCACACCUGCAGUGUCUGUCUUUUUAUCACAAAGCCAUCUCACUCCACGCCUUGAAUCCAAGCUCCAAUGGGGAAGACAAGCAAAUGGAUCAGGAGCUUCCUAGGUGGGAGAAAGGAGAGAGAGAAAGAGAAGAAGGAGAAACCCACAGAGCAGAGAGAGAAAGAGAUGGAGAAACUGACAGAGCCUUCACAACCAAAUGAGAAUCACUCAUUCACAAAUGUUCCACCUAAAGAGAAGCGAAGAUGGAGCUUUCGAAGAUCCACCAACAAAGACCCAAACACCAACAAUUCCUCACUCCAGACCAGUAAUAAUCAAAGCUCAGAGAAUUUGAAAGAAUCUGAAGAAGAUGAGCAAAAGAAGCAUGCAAUGGCUGUCGCUGCAGCGACUGCAGCUGCAACUGAUGCCGUCAUGGCGGCUGCACAGGCAGCGGCUGCUGUGAUGAGGCUCACAGCUGUUUACAAGCCAUCGCUGAUUGAGGAGAGGGCAGCUAUCAGGAUCCAGGCCAUGUUUCGAGCUUAUCUGGCCAGGAAAGCCCUUUGUGCACUGAAAGGGCUGGUGAAGAUCCAGGCUCUGGUGCGAGGUCACUUGGUCAGGAAACAAGCAACUGCCACUCUCAGGUGUAUGCAGGCUUUAUUGACUGUACAGGCGAGAGCCCGUGCUCAAAGAAUUCAAUCAUCAUGUGAGGAAAUCCAUCCUGUCAUUCAAAAGCAGACAUCAAUUCAUAGACGAUCAUUUCAGGAUAAUCAAUUCAGGCAAUCAACAGACAUGGAGAAAACCAUGGACGAGAACGUGAAGAUAGUUGAAAUGGACCUGGGUGAGUCAAGGGGCAGCUCAAAGAGUAGAAUCAGCUAUUCCAACCCACCAGUUGAAAGAACCGAACAUAGAUUUUCAAUGCACUACGCAACACACAAAGAACAUUCUUUACCCCCACAUCCAAAGCUUGACCUUUCCCCUGCUCCUUCCCCUGCAUUCCCAGACCUUAGUCCAAGAACGUCUAGUGGCCAUUUUGAGGACUACUCAUUCACCACAGCACAAAGUAGCCCACAUUACUGUUCAGCUAUUUCUAGGGCAGAUAGUACAGGCCCCUUCACUCCUUCGAGACCUGAGUAUGCAGAGUCCUUAUCCCAUGAAUACUCUUUUUUCCCGAACUAUAUGGCCAACACUGAAUCUUCAAAGGCUAAGGCUCGAUCACAAAGUGCACCAAAACAGAGGCCUGAUUCAUAUGAGAAGCCAGCUUCAAAUAAUAGUAAGAGGAGGAGUUCAACAGAGGGAAGGGGAAUCCCACGUGGGGUCCGCAUGCAAAGGUCAUCUUCUCAUGUGGGGGCCACCUGUAAAGGGUACCAGUACACAGGUCCGAUCAAGCUGGAUAGGUCUACAAUGUCUCUCAAGGACAGUGAGUGUGGAUCAACUUGCUCUGUGCUCACCACUAAUACGAACUAUUGCAGAUCUCUCGUAGCAAUUGAGGUUAGCAUACUGAAAAAUCUUUAAAAGAAUGGACCAAAAGGUUGUAAAGUGUACUUGUGUAAACUAUUGACAUCAUCUUCUUGAUUGCAGGCAUAUGGCAACAGAUACUGAGUUUCCCUGACCCACUCAGUAGGGAUUAGAAGUGUGAUUGACUUUAUGAAGAAGAACAAUGCUGACUCUCCAAUGUCUCCAUGGAUGAGUUAAGAUUGAGCAAGAAUAGAGUCCCAAAUCUGAGACUCUCAGUAGCAGAAGCCACUGUAACUUGUUUUCGGUUUUUUGGGUGUGUCUAAUUCUUUCGGUUGAGUGGAACAUUUCUUUUCA